AUGGAAGGGGUCUGGGAAAGAUCACUUUCGCCGGAGCGAAUAGCCUUCCUGGCGCAAUCCCGGAUUCCCGAGAUCAUUUUCUGCAAUACAGUGCUCCUCGUUAUUGCGACCGCGGGGCUCCUAGUCCGUCUUUUCGUUCGUAUCCGAUAUCUCACGGGGAUCAACCUCGAUGAUAUACUAUGUGUGACCAGUUGGGUCUUUACGUUCGUUCUGUGCGUUGCUUGUAUUUUGAUGACCAAAUAUGGAUUCGGCAAGCACAUUGGAACGGUAGAAAGCUUCAGCGACAGGGCCAUGUUCCUCAAGCUUGACUUCGUCACCAUGCUCGCCUACGUUCUCGCCCUCGGCGCCAUCAAGAUCUCCUUCUGCCUGCUCUACCUCCACAUCUUCCCGGGGAAGAAAUUUCGUAUGGCAUGCUGGUUAGUGUUGGCCAUUCUAGUUGCCGAAACGAUUGAAGAAGUCCUUGUGGUGAUCUUCCAAUGCUGGCCUGUCUACAAGGCAUGGGAUGCAACAGGCCUCGUAGAAGGAAAGUGCGUGGACAUGACGGUCUUUUACUACGCCAAUUUUGGGAUCAAGCUAGCCACGGACGUGGCCCUGUUUGCAAUGCCUAUUCCCAAACUACUGCGUCUGAAGAUGGCGGUAGGCAAGCGAGUGGGUUUGGUGAUGAUGUUCAGUUUGGGACUUCUUGUGUGUGUAACCAGUAUCAUCAGGGUCACCUACUUUAAUCCCUUCUCCGAGGACCACACAUGGGUGUUGGUCGAUGCAAUGAAUUGGUCUUGCGUGGAAGUCGCGGUGGCCAUUUUCAUCGCGUGUAUUCCCUCCUUCAAGACCUUUAUCAGCUACCGCUUCCCGACGUUACAGCGUCUACUUGGUCUCGCCAGCAAAGACGAGUCCAUCGGCCCGUCGAAGCUGUACGGCAGUUCAACCCGUCGGACAUACAACGGGCUAUCGACACGGGGACGUAAUAGCAUCAAGCUGAAGCCGGUGACAGGACACAGCAGGGCUGAUGUGGAAACCAGCCACAAUGAGUCUCAGGAACGUAUAAUGCAUGCGGGGAUUCAGGUCACUACCGACGUUAGCGUCCAGCAGACUGUCUAA